AUGCUGUUCUGGUCAAUGUGUAAGCAGCUGCUGUGGAUCCCGCUGAAUGCGGAGUCAUUUUGUGGACGUGGAGAAAAUUCAGCUAGGGGCCCGGGUCCACAGGGCUGGGUGGCCACGUGGCAUGGACGGGUACGCAGCUGUGCCAUCUGCCUGGACAUUGGUUCGUCCGCUCGUCAGAACGUUCGUUCAAAUUACUUAGGCAACUUCGAUGAAGCCUUUGGCGAGCUCAAAAAAGCUCAUGAAUGUGUGAAAAUCCUGGAGCAAUGCCAAGUACUAGAACAAGAUACUGCCAUGGAGAACACGACUACGCGAAGGGAAGCAACAAGUACGCAAUCAAUACAGCCCACGAUUGCUUCUCGUCCUUUGGUGCGGACCUCCAUUUCUUGUCCUCGAUGCUGUGUCAUUGAUUUACUUGCUGUUCUCGGCAACUAUGUCCUCGCACUCUAUCGAGUAAGCCUGCUUUUCUUCCUAAUCCGAGUGUUCUCCGUUCCCAAAUUUCGGAUCAUAUGGUGGGCGGUCAUGGGAUGGGUGGUACUAUCGGUAGUGACUAUUAUCCUAAUAAUACUAUUCCAAUGUUGGCCGAUCAACUACAACUGGGAAGGAGUCUUUGGGAACUUUGGCGAGCACAAGUGCUUUGACACCAACGUGCUCGCUUAUGCUGCCGCCGGUAUGGGCAUCGCUCAAGACGUUACCAUCCUCAUCCUGCCACUACCGAUUAUUGCACAACUCAACAUGCCGCGAAGAAAGCGCCUUUUAACGUUGUUCAUGUUCAGUGUGGGUAUCUUCGUGGUGCUUGCCAGCUGCUUCCGCCUCCACUAUUUGACGCAGUUCGCCAAGUCCUUGAAUCCAACGUGGGAUUAUAUCAAUCUCGUCAUUUGGACUUCGCUCCAGGUGAAAGUAACGGUCGUCGUGCUAUGUUUGCCUACUGUGAAGAUGAUAUUCGCAAAACUUAUUCCAUCUGUGUUCGGCACGAACCAGAAGUCCACCACAACCAAUACAUUCACACCGCACUCAGGAUCAAGGUCUGCAAGGAGAAACAAGUACGAAGAUUUAUCGGACAACGCCGCAUCACUUCAAACCGCUCUUCAGCCUUGGGAAAGUGAUAUCGAGCUAUGCAGCGAUGUUGAAAGCGUUUUAUCAUACUCUCCUACAACGCACAACGACGAAGUCAAGACGGGCACGGUGGCAUUCGCUCUACCCACGCCUGAGCGGGGCUGGAGAUAGCGUUAUUGCUCCAAUCUGCCCAUCUUAGCGCUGGUCGCUUCUGGUGCCUCCUUCGAGGGACAAAGUGUUUCAAGG